UAGGAUUUUCAGAAUGAUAAAUGAGUAUGGGUCUUAGGAUUUUCAGAAUGGUAAAUGAAUAUUGGCUUCAUUAGCUCGUAAGAGAGUCAGCUUGCCCCCUGAAGCUUUGAAGCCAAGCAUUGAUGUCUCCCCUCCAGCUGUGAAAGUCCUAGAUGGCUUUUCCAAUAGAAGGCGGUUUUGCCUACAUUGAAAAUGUGUUGUUUAAUGUAGCCACCCACCUUCACCAGUUAUCUUGCUGCAGCUUCUACAUCAGCACUUGCAUUUUUACUUCGUGUUUUUAUUUUUAUUUUUUUAUUUUAAUUUUUUUUUUUUUAAUCAGCAGUAAGGCUGUUUCAUUUGCUUGAUGUUCGUGGGUUCGCUGGAGUAGCAGUUUUAAUUUUCUUCAAGAACUUUUUCUUUGCAUUUACAACUUGAGUAACUGUUGAGUGCAAGAGGCCUAGCAUCUGGCUUAUCUCAGGUUUUGAUGUGUCUUCCUCACUAAGCUUAAUCAUUUCUAACUUUCGAUUUCAAGGGAGAGACCUGUUACUUUCACUUGGAGAAUAGGGAGGCCUGGGGUGGGGGCAGGGCUGUGGAGGAAGUCAUUAAGUUUGCUGUCUUCUAUGGUUGUGAUUUGUGGCACAACAAAACAGUUACAAUAGUAAUACGAAAGAUCACUGAUCAUAGAUCAUGAUGACAGAUAUAAGAAUAAUGAAAAAGUUUGCAAUAUUGUGUGAGAAUUACCAAAAUGUAACACAGAGACAUAAAGGGAGCACAUGCUGUUAGAAAAUAGUACUGAUACACUUACUCAACUCAGGACUGCCUCCAACCUUCAAUUUGUAAAAAUCCAGAAUACCUCAGGAUCCACAAAGCAUCAUCAAAUGAGGUAGUAAGCAUUAAUAAUGUCUUUCAUCUUUGAGUGGAUCUACAAUGGCUUCAGCAGUGUGCUCCAGUUCCUAGGACUCUACAAGAAAUCUGGAAAACUUGUAUUCUUGGGUUUGGACAAUGCAGGCAAAACCACUCUUCUUCACAUGCUCAAAGAUGACAGAUUGGGCCAACAUGUUCCAACGCUACAUCCGACAUCAGAAGAGCUAACAAUUGCUGGAAUGACCUUUACAACUUUUGAUCUUGGUGGGCAUGAGCAAGCACGUCGGGUUUGGAAAAAUUAUCUCCCAGCAAUUAAUGGGAUUGUCUUUCUGGUGGACUGUGCAGAUCAUUCUCGCCUCGUGGAAUCCAAAGUUGAGCUUAAUGCUCUAAUGACUGAUGAAACAAUAUCCAAUGUGCCAAUCCUUAUCUUGGGUAACAAAAUUGAUAGAACAGAUGCAAUCAGUGAAGAAAAACUCCGUGAGAUAUUCGGGCUUUAUGGACAGACCACAGGAAAGGGGAAUGUGACCCUGAAGGAGCUGAAUGCUCGCCCCAUGGAAGUGUUCAUGUGCAGUGUGCUCAAGAGGCAAGGCUACGGCGAGGGUUUUCGCUGGCUCUCCCAGUAUAUUGACUGAUGUUUGGACAGUGAAAAUAAAAGAGUUUUACUUCUCUGGACUGAUCCUAUUCACAGCUUCCUCAUGAACUUUUCUAAUAGAACAAGGAAAGCUCUCCAACCAUGUCUGGCGUUGAGAAGCCAAGAGUCUCUGUCAACUCUCUCAUUGCCCAGUGGUGACAUGUGCUCUUCUCCACACUGUUGGGAGGUAAUGCUGCCCCACGUGCUGGUGCAGGUCAGUAUCCCGGGACUUGGAAGCUGGCAGGAUUUGCCGGGUAAAGCUGUGUGCCAUCAUGGGGCACCUGAAAAGAAAAACACGUCUCACCACUGUGGUUGAUUUCAAAAGAAACUGAUUCUAUUUUUUAAAGAAAGUGUUGUUAAUGUAAUUGGUAUCCCUCCUAACUUUUUGAGUUCACAAUUUACUUGGUCCAGAGUUUUCUAUUCUUUUUUUUUUUUUUUUAAACUAAUGAAUGACAUUUAGAUACUUCAUAAAAUUAUGAACAGAUACACAUUGGAAACCAGAGCUCAUUUGGGUGAACUUACUCCUGCUGAGUUAGCAGGUUGGUGAGAGAAGCUCCCCUGAGCUCACCUGUCUCUCUGACUGCCUUGGAGUAGGUGGCAUAACCUUGUGCACAGAGAACUAGAAAAGGGGCGGAACCCUGGCCUUGAAGUUUUGGCAGGUUUCCACUGUGGUAAGCUAGGGUCGUUCCUCAUCAAGGAAUGUGUAGCAGAUUGUUCACUGUGGAGGAGUUAAUUAUAGAAUGGGUUAUUGUUACUAUUCUUACUCAUGAAGUUACAGAUUUCAGCCAGUCUUUGCUUUUAUACUUGUGAAAUUUAAUUUCUCUCUAUAGCACCUUUGUUUUUCAUUUUCAGUUAUAAAAAGUGACUUUCACCUCAUAAAAGCGUUGAGAACAUCUCUCAUGUCACAUACUGCAGGUGCAUCAGUUACUUUUGCACAGAUUCUAGGGGGACGUUUUUCUGAAUAGGAAGACAGGACAAAGUUAACAGCUUAAGGGCUCUUAAUUCUGUGAGUUGAGGACUUGAAAGUAUUGUAGCACUUGUUUGGAUCCAGGAAAAAUGUACUCAGUGGGCUUUAAAAUUUCCAUUUUCAGAAUUGGUCUCUCAGGCUGUUUCUGAGCUCUUUUUCUUACAUUUUUUCUCCUUUGGUACCUAUUUUAUUAGUGUUUAAAGUAAAAGUUAACAUCUGUAGCUUUUCCAGGUUUUUUUUUUUUUGUAUGAAAUUGUCUUUCUCCAUUGCAGAAAUAAGCUGGGGGAACACUAACCCAAAAACUUUCUGUAGAGCUGUUCCUUUGGAGGCAGCAUCAUUUAUUGGCAGUAAAGACUCAGUAUAAAAGCACCAGCAUCCCUACUAGGGUGAUGGGGAUUAAUUUUAUAGCAUUCCAUUUUCCUAGUGCCACAUGUGAAAUUGGAUUUUGAUGAUCUUAACCUAUAUUCUACCCUUAUGCUAAAAGAUCAAAAGAUAGAUCUCCUAGGAACAGAUUGGAGAUAGGAGAUGAAAAGUUGGGAGGAUGUCUUUAUUCUAAUGUGAGGGUAGGGAAAUGUGGAUAACAUUACUGUGGUGAGAGAGGCAUCGUUCUUUAGUUGGAGUUCUCAUUCUUAUUCUCCAGUACUGACUGGAGCAUACUUUUUCACUGCCAGGUACUGAAUGCAGAGGCUCAGCCAAGUAUAUAUGUGGGAAGUGCAUGCAUUUCGUUAAUAGCAAGCAUAGCUGGAUUAAGACAAAAUUGUUGGUUUGGAAAGGGGUUAAAGCCUUAAGUGAACAAAUCUAGCUAACAGUGAAUGAACUAGGUAAUUAACUUGCAUAUUUUUAAUUUCCUUUGGUUAAAGAUCCCCCAUACUUCUCUAUUGGGAGAAGUAUGAUUACUUCAGUGUUAGUUUUCCUAAUUUUUUUUUUUCCUAUUUGUCCUGUGUCUCUUUGUUGCAAGUUAGAAAUCUGUGGGUUCUACAUAGGGCAGCUCUUUGUGAAAGUGGGUUAUUCCACUGGAGAAAGGGGAUGGAAAAUCAGAACCAAUGUAUUUCUUGCCCCACGGAACACUAUUCCUAUAAGAUAGCUGAAAGAAGCUGCUGUGAGGAGCUCAGCUCCAAACACAGGAUCAGCACCUUGUACAGGAAUUCCCAUGAAUUAUGACUUCUCAUUCUGUUUUAUCAGAGUGCAUAUAUGUCCUAUUUCAGGAAAAGUAAAACAGUCAUUUACAAAAGAAAGUCAAUCUGUAUCCUAAGCAUUUUAAUAAAAAGUUAAAACAAA